GCCAGCAUGUCUGCUCGAUGAACAUUGUGCGCAGGGCUGAGAAAUUGUGGCCUUGUGUGGCUGUGCUGAGUUCGAAAGUUUUCGCAUGCUAGCUGUGCUCCUCCGACACCCCACCCACCGCACUUUGAGCGAGGCACAAUGUCCAGCACCAACGGUAGGAUGGACGUCGACACUUCGCCGAAUAGAAAGUCCUCUCGGAACCACUCGACGGACACCCACCGCACAAGGCGCUCUCACCGGUCCUACUCGAGGGACAGACGAGAGCGCCAUAGGGAAAGAGACAGGGAUAUAGAUGAAAGGCGACGGAGAAGUCGCGACCGCGGCAGCGAGAGGGAUUACAGAGAUAGAGAGAGGCGCAGCCGGUCUCGCGAGAGGUCUCACAGAGACAAAGACAGAGACAGGGACCACAGGGAGAGAGAUCGUCGCCACCGUGGCGAUAGGCGGGAUGAACAGGGUCGCUACUAUGAUCAUGAGGACAGAGAAAGGCGUCGCAAGAGGGAAGACGGAAACGAGUCUCCAGAAAGGGACCCUGAACGAUCCAAGAGAAAGAGGCAUGAGGAAAGUGACGAUCCUCAUGCUCCCGCCUCCGUCAAGGACAGUCCUCGAAGCAGGAUCGCUGACCGGACAGACCGCUCACGCGAACGUAGGUACGACAGGAGAGUGCGCGACCCCCGCGACGAGUUCGACGAACCACUUCGGCACCAAAGAGACAGGGAUCGUCGUGAUUCUAAGCGCGCUCCAUCUGACGAAGGUACACUUGAAGACGAAUUUGAUAAACGGUCUUUGCGUCCCAGUCCCACCAGACAACGUCCUUCUCCGACUUAUGAGGUUCCAGUUGAAGACUAUAACCCCGAAGAGCCCAAAGAAGACGAUUCGGAAGCUCGGUCUGUGUUCGUUUCUCAGCUCGCUGCUCGUCUUACGGCACGUGAUCUUGGGUACUUCUUCGAGGACAAGUUAGGCGAAGGUACAGUUGUCGAUGCUCGCAUCGUUACCGACAGAAUCUCUCGUCGGUCGAAAGGCAUUGGUUAUGUCGAGUUCCGCUCCGUCGAUCUCGUUGAAAAGGCCAUGGCCCUCAGUGGCACGAUCGUAAUGGGUUUACCUAUCAUGGUGCAGUUGACUGAAGCAGAGAGGAAUAGGCUUCACCCAGGAGACGGGAACCUGAACCUUCCCCCCGGUGUCAAUACAUCACACGGGGCAAUGCAGUGGGCUUUCCUUAUCGUGAUAAGUCCUGUCGCGCUGACACGGUAUUGCUGCAGACUUUAUGUUGGUUCCUUGCAUUUCAACCUCACCGAAUCCGAUAUCAGACAAGUCUUUGAGCCAUUUGGUGAACUGGCAUUUGUUGAUUUGCACAGGGACCCGAUGACGGGCAGGAGUAAAGGUUAUGCAUUCAUACAGUACAAAAGAGGUGAAGAUGCCAAAAUGGCUUUGGAGCAAAUGGAAGGCUUCGAGCUCGCUGGAAGAACACUCCGCGUCAACACUGUGCACGAGAAAGGUAGCGUGAGGUAUACCCAGCAGGAUUCCCUGGACGAAGCUGGCGGCGGUAAUUUGAAUGCAGCGUCACGUCAAGCGCUAAUGCAAAAACUUGCCAGAAUCGAGCCAACUCCGAAGCUUCCAACUGUGUUCGUCUUGUCGAUUUCGGAUUCGUCGUGCACUACUGAUGAUAACAGUAACAAACCAAACAUUCCACAGACAAUGCAAUCACGUUCAGUCCUACUGAAGAAUAUGUUCAAUCCGGAAGAGGAGACAGAACGCGACUGGGAUAGGGAAUUAGCUGACGACGUUAAAGGCGAAUGUGAAGAAAAGUACGGCAAAGUUGAGAUCAUCAAAAUCGAAAAAGACAGCCAAGGUGAAAUUUAUGUCAAGUUCGGCUCAGUUGAAUCUGCCAAAAAGGCUAUUCAAGGACUGAAUGGGCGGUGGUUUGGGGGACGACAAAUCUCAGCUGCAUUCAUUUCGGACGCGAUCAUGAUGGCACACCAAUGAGCUUGAUUUUUUAAGGGUAAUCGAACUUCAGUGAACCGUAAUAAUUUCCACGUGCAGCAGGUUUCCUCACGUCGUCUUGGUACACCCGAGUUGCGCAUUUUGGCGCCAGAUCAUGCAGAGGCAGGUCCAACAAGCGACUU